AAUAUUUCCGUAUCUGAAUUAUUCAGGCAGAGACAAAUGUUUCAAAAAGACUGCACGGAAGUAAAAUGUAUAUUCGUACCAACUUGUUUGCACCUUUAAUUGGUACGCUCAGAAUUAAUAUCGUCUUUCUGCGCCAACCAGCCCCUGGUCUGAUUACUUACUCUUUCACUCAGCUAAAUGACUUCCCUAAAUUCUGUCAAUCAGUUCUGGAAAAAACUGAAAUUUCGAUUUCCUGACAAAACCAUUUAAUCCAGCACCUUUUUUGAUGCCAGAUUCGCCAGUUUGUGAUUGCCAGUUUUGAAAUACCAUUUUAUGAAUUUCCGAAUAUUUUAUCUAUAAGUUCAACGCAAGAAUAUUGUUAAAAAAGGUUCACCAAAUAUCCGUGUAAAUUGUUCAAUUUAUAUCUUCUAGAGUUGAUCUCGCCCAUCGCAUCUUAAUGGUUCGCCCUUUACUUGUUAACUCUUCCAUGGUUGUUCACGUGCAUUUUGGAUUUGUGUGUUUGCGACUGAAUUGAGUUUUGAUGAAUUACAAAGUGUUCAAUGUCAGCAGACAAUUGUCAAUUUUGCAUGAAACUUUAACCCGCUUCAGCCAGAGGAUGAAGUCCAAGUGUGUUGUUCUCGUUAAGUCCCUUAUCCACCCCUCCGUGAACAAGUUUUCCAUGCGAAUAUUCGGUAGUGAGAAGGCAGUCGUUAAAGAGAGGGAGAGAUGUGAACAGUGCUCUUUUCUCAUCAUCCAUCCCUUCAGCAUGUUCCGCAUCACGUGGGACUUCCUGAUGCUUUGUGUGCUGGUGGUGAACCUGGUGCUGCUGCCUAUUGCCAUUACAUUUGUAGACACAGGGGACAAUGGUCGAUCAUAUUCACCCCCUCCGUCUUCGUCUUCCACUGGGCUAGAGGGAGGGGAAAACAGGGCUGGAUUUGAGGGCGGAGGAGGUGGAGAGGGAGAGGGUGUGGGUGUGCAGUGGGCUGUGUUGUCCAGUCUGACAGACUCUGUGUUCAUAGCCGACCUACUGCUCAACUUCAGAACUGCCUACUUCCCUUCCAAGUCCUCAAAGAGUGCAUUCUGCAUUCUCGACUCAAAACUGAUCGCCAAGAACUAUCUAAAGACGUGGUUUGUUAUGGACUUCAGCAGUUCAGUUCCUUUCGACCACAUCAUCACGUGGGCCAACUGGGUGCUAGAGGACACUGACCCCUCCGGUUCGAACGGCACUUCAUCUGGAGACUCCAGUGGAGGAGCAGGGGGCAAUGCGGCUGUGGCCAAGGGGCUGAAGGGACUGAGGAUGCUCAAGCUAGCCAAGUUUCUCACUCUGCUCAAGUUGCUGCGAAUUACUCGACUCUUGAAAUAUGCUUCACAGUGGGAAGAGGUGUUCAACCUGGCAAGUGUGGCGAUGCGUGUGGUGAAUGUGGUCGGCACUAUGCUCCUGUUCGCCCACAUCAACGGCUGCAUCAUGUUCCUCAUCCCUCGCCUCUCCGACUUCCCACCCGGCAACUGGAUCGACAACGACGGAAUCAGGAAUGCUUCGUGGCGGGAGCAGUACAGCUGGUCUCUAUUCCGAGCGAUGUCCCACAUGUUGGGCAUGGGGUACGGCAAGCACCCUCCUGGCAACAUGCAGGACCUCUGGCUCCUCAUGCUAUCCAUGCUUAGUGGGGCCACCUGCUACGCCCUGUUCAUAGGCCAGGCCACCAACAUCAUCCAACAGCUCAACUACUCCAGGAGACUAUUCACCGAAAAGAUGAAGCAGGUUGAGCAGUACAUGUACCACCGGAAGAUCCCCCCUGAGCUGCAAGUGCGCAUCCACCAGUACUACGAGUACAAGUUCAAGGGCAAGAUGUUCAACGAGCACGACGUCCUCACAGAACUCAACGACUGCCUCCGAAAUGAAGUGCUAAACUACAACUGUCGUGAGUUAGUGGGGGUGGUGCCGUUCUUCAAGGACGCCGACCCCGCCUUCGUCUCUGCAGUGGUGUCCAAACUACAGUUCGAAGUGUACCAGCCAGGAGACACAGUCAUACAGGAGGGAACACUAGGCUAUAAGAUGUACUUCAUCCAAACAGGUUCAGUAGAUGUGGUCAUAUCGGACGGGACUUGUGUUGCCCAAUUAGCCGAGGGAUCCUACUUUGGUGAGAUCUGUCUGCUGGCUAAACUGAGACGCACAGCCACUAUCAAGGCAGAGACAUUCUGCAACAUGUACAGUCUGGACCAGGCUGACUUCAGCCAGGUCCUCAGCGAGUUCCCCCAGAUGAGGGCCAGAAUGGAGGCGGUGGCCAGAGAGAGACUGGCUAAGCUGGGCAAGGAGACGGUCGAUUUCGCCCACAAAUCAGACAUCAUCGAAAUGAACUACAGGAUGAUGUUAUCAAUGAAGGAAAAGUUGGACCAAUUAAUCGAGCAUCAUGGCAUAGAGACAGUGCAAACUUCAGGUGCUAACAUUACAAAUUCCCCGAAUAACCAGCCAACCUUAAGCCCCCAAAUUCAAACUCAAACUGAGACCAAACUGUUAACGCCGAGCCAAACCUGCAUAACUGAAGAAACAGAAGAAAUCAGUGAACCCACAGGAAAAGAAAACACCAUAAGCCAAACGGAGUCGGAAGCAGACAUCGACACAAAUGUCCAUAAAUCAGAUUUGACAAGCAAUGGUGACUUGGGGAAUUUCGACUCCGACAAAGGAAACAACCGCUUGCCAAGCAAAAGAAAUCCACCGGCCUCGAGUUCUGACUCGCUGGACGAUUUAAGUUUAUAUUGCGAUCUGGAGUUGGAAUCUAACAAGAGCAAGGUGGUGCACUGUGCCAGCUGUAGUUGCCACAGCCGCAAGCAAUCCCCCAAACUGAGCUUCCACUAUCUGGACAAAGACACUGCAUCCACUUGCAUCAAUUUGUCCUCCAAUGGGCUGAAGAGUCAUGACAACGAAACUGCAGUUUGAUAAAAAAAAUUGUUGAGUUAAAUUCAAAAUAUUUUUAUG